CCUAAAACUGAAACGGUAGGCGGCGGGACCUCCGGCCCGCCCUGCGUGCUGGCCCUUCCCCUGCAGGAAGCCGCAUAGGUGUCCAGAGCUAAGCCGGAGCCGAGACCGGGCGCCUGGAAUGGCAGCUGUGAGCCAGCACCCCAGCGCGCCCCUGCUUCUGUUCAGGAGACGUCCCGCCCGCGCCACCAGAGCGCAGGCUUGAGACUCAGCCUCUCAGGGCGCUGGAACCGCAAGACCUCGGAGGGGGGAGCACCCGACCUCACCCACCUGCUGGUGCUCACGUGGGCUGCGCCCCAGGCGAGGCCUGGAAAAUGCGUCUGGCCGUGCAGCAGAGCCGAAACCUUACAGAAACAUGAAGCCCUCAACCACCUGGAACUCAGAAACUCAUUCGGGGCUGUCUGCGGCUUCUAGAACCUCCAGGUGUCCUGCAGAUGUGAGGUUUCAUCCUACACUCACCAGCUGGAGUCCUGAAAAGAUGCGAGGCUCGUGCUUCGGCGCUAACACCUCUGAGCUCGGAGGGGUCACUUUCUAAGUGGCCGAAGGGCAGUUGCUGACACUGUCGUCUGAUUGCUGUGCAAAGCCAGUCAUCGUACGGAGCCAUAGUGGGGAAAGCCACAUCGGGGGUUGCAAGUUUCCUGACUCUCUUGAGUUAGGGUUCCAGGUCGGGGGCCUCAUUUCUGCAGCUCUCAAUGUCCCUAUAGGCAGCAUCAGUAUCUUUUUGUAACAUCAGUAUCUUUUUGUAAACCCUCGAUCUCCAGGGACUCCCUGCACUGCAGGUGAGCAGAAGGGGGCUCUCGGAGACGUCUCCAGUGGUGGGUGGUCCACCACCAUCAUUCUAGACAUUUGGAAUUCCCCCCUUACCACCAUGACCUGGCUUUUUCUAAAGGCGUUAUUGGUGGGAGUGAGUUUCUUAGGAUGUUUUUAUCCUCUUGUCGAUUUUUACUUCGAUGGGGAAACAAGAGGCCAGAAACCAAAUUUUGUGAUCAUUUUGGCAGAUGACAUGGGGUGGGGUGACCUGGGAGCAAACUGGGCAGAAACAAAGGACACCGCCAACCUUGAUAAGAUGGCUGCCGAAGGAAUGAGAUUUAUGGAUUUCCACGCGGCCGCCUCCACAUGCUCACCCUCCCGGGCGUCCCUGCUCACCGGGCGGCUCGGCCUUCGCAAUGGAGUCACGCACAACUUUGCGGUCACCUCGGUGGGGGGCCUGCCACUCAACGAGACCACCUUGGCCGAGGUGCUGCAGCAGGCGGGCUAUGUCACCGGAAUGAUAGGCAAAUGGCAUCUUGGGCAUCACAGCUCUUAUCAUCCCUACUUCCGUGGUUUUGAUUACUACUUUGGGAUCCCAUACAGCCAUGAUAUGGGCUGCACGGAUACCCCAGGCUACAACCUCCCUCCUUGUCCGGCGUGUCCACAGGGUGAGAGACCAGCAAGGAGCACUGACAGGGACUGCUACACCGACGUGGCCCUCCCUCUGUACGAAAACCUGAGCAUCGUGGAGCAGCCCGUGAACCUGAGCAGCCUUGCGCAGAAGUACGCCGAGAAAGCUACUCAGUUCAUCCAGCGUGCCAGCACCAGCAGAAGACCUUUCCUGCUCUACGUGGGCCUGGCCCACAUGCACGUGCCUUUAACCAGGACCCAGUUAUCAGCAGACUUGCGGGGCCGCACGCCAUAUGCUGCAGGCCUCCGGGAGAUGGACAGCCUGGUGGGUCAAAUCAAAGACAAAGUUGACUGCACAGCCAAGGAAAACACAUUCCUCUGGUUUAUAGGAGACAACGGCCCAUGGGCUCAGAAAUGUGAGCUGGCGGGCAGCGUGGGCCCCUUCACUGGAUCGUGGCAAGCUCGUCAAGGGGGAAGUUCAGCCAAGCAGACCACCUGGGAAGGAGGGCACCGGGUCCCGGCUGUGGCUUACUGGCCUGGCAGAGUCCCCGUCAAUGUCACCAGCACCGCCUUGUUAAGUGUGCUGGACGUCUUCCCCACCGUGGUCGCCCUGGCCGGGGCCAGCCUGCCCCGAGGCCGACGCUUCGACGGCCUGGAUGCCUCUGAGGUGCUCUUUGGCGGGCCGCAGACUGGGCACGAGGUGCUGUUUCACCCCAGCAGUGGGGCAGCUGGAGAGUACGGAGCCCUACAGACCGUUCGCCUGGAGCAUUACAAGGCCUUCUUCAUCACCGGUGGAGCCAAAGCCUGUGACGGGAGCGUGGGUCCUGAGCAGCACCACGAGCCUCCCCUUAUUUUCAAUCUGGAAGAUGAUGUUGCAGAAGCUGUGCCUCUAGAACGAAGUAGUGCCGAAUACGAGCGCGUACUGCCCAGGGUCAGAGAGGUCCUUGCCAGUGUCCUUGAAGACAUCGCUCGUGACAACAUCUCCAGAGUGGACUACACUCAAGACCCCUCAGUAACUCCUUGCUGCAAUCCCCACCGAAUUGCCUGCCGCUGCCAAACCACCCCCUAGACCCAUGUUUCCACAAGCAGAAAUGUCAGGCACUGAGACAGGGCAAGUUCACAUCCCAAGUGCAGUCUUACCCUCUUUAGUUAUGUGCACUUUAAAAAUAAGUCUCAGAAUCUUGUUUUGCAGCCACCACCUUUCAUCCCCAAACUGUCCCUUCUGCCUGCUAGCUUGAGAGGACAGCUGCGCUGAGCUGUAAUGGGAAGCACACGGGCUUCAGAGUCAGACCAGGUUCAAGCCCCAGCUUUUGAACUUGGGGCUGUUAUAUAACCUAACUUGCAAGCCAGUUUUGAAGAGUCAAUACGGCAAUACAUGAAAAUGCCUGGCACAAUAUCUGACACUUGAGGCAGGCACUCAAUACGUCUCUCUCUCUCUCUUUCUCUCUCUCUCUCUUUAAUGUACCUAGUUUCUCUAGUUAUUUUAGCAGGGAUU